CCGGUUAUAAGCGGUUGCGCGCACAGCGUCACCCUCUCUGCUGCCGCCGGCACCGUGAACCGGACCGCUGCCUGCUCACCACCCCCCGCUCACCGCCCCCUCCGCCGCACAGUCAUGUCCGACAAGCUGCCCUACAAAGUCGCUGACAUUAGUUUGGCUGAAUGGGGUCGGAAAGCAAUUGAGAUUGCUGAAAAUGAGAUGCCUGGCUUGAUGAUGAUGAGGAAGAUGCAUGGAGAAACAAAACCACUCAAAGGGGCUCGAAUUGCAGGCUGUCUUCACAUGACUGUUCAAACUGCUGUGCUGAUUGAAACUCUUACAGAACUUGGGGCAGAGGUUCAGUGGUCCAGCUGCAAUAUAUUCUCAACUCAGGAUCAUGCUGCUGCUGCAAUUGCCAAAUCUGGAGUUCCUGUGUAUGCUUGGAAGGGGGAGACGGAUGAAGAAUACAUUUGGUGCAUUCAGCAGACACUGUACUUCCGUGAUGGAAAAUCCCUCAAUAUGAUUUUGGAUGAUGGUGGAGAUCUUACAAAUCUAGUCCACGUUAAGCAUCCUGAACUUCUACAAGGUAUUAAAGGAAUCUCUGAAGAGACUACAACUGGAGUCCAUAAUCUCUGGAAGAUGCAUAAGAAUAAGGUGCUCAAAGUUCCUGCCAUUAAUGUGAAUGACUCUGUCACUAAGAGCAAAUUUGACAAUCUUUAUGGAUGCAGAGAAUCACUUAUUGAUGGCAUCAAGCGUGCCACAGAUGUCAUGAUUGCGGGUAAGGUGGCAGUGGUGGCAGGAUAUGGUGAUGUGGGCAAGGGUUGUGUCCAGGCUCUUCGAGGUUUUGGAGCAAGAGUUAUUGUAACAGAAAUCGACCCCAUCAAUGCUCUACAAGCUGCUAUGGAAGGUUAUGAGGUCACAACAAUGGAUGAAGCAUGCAAGGAAGGAAAUAUCUUUGUGACAACAACUGGCUGCAAAGAUAUCAUUGUGGGAAGGCACUUUGAACAAAUGAAGGAUGAUUCAAUUGUUUGUAACAUUGGUCACUUCGAUAUUGAGCUGGAUGUAAAAUGGCUGGCUAAGAAUGCUACAAAGAAGGUGAACAUUAAACCACAGGUGGAUCGUUAUCAGCUGAAGAACGGUCGCCAUAUCAUUGUUCUGGCUGAAGGUCGUCUAGUAAAUCUCGGCUGUGCAAUGGGACAUCCCAGCUUUGUGAUGAGCAACUCCUUCACCAACCAGGUUCUGGCACAGAUUGAGCUGUGGACCAAUCCUGACAAGUACCCAGUGGGGAUACACUUCAUACCAAAGAAGCUGGAUGAAGCAGUGGCUGCUGCGCAUUUGGAGAAACUAGGAGUGAAAUUAACCAAACUAUCAGAGGAUCAGUCCUCUUAUCUUGGAGUUCCUGUGGAUGGGCCUUUUAAACCGGACCAUUACAGAUACUGAACCCUGUUUAUUCCUGCUGCAGAGUGUAGCAACAUUCCUUCAAGAGAUUGAAUUUAUCAACAUCUGUGAAGGCUAUUCUAAUUGCCAAAUAAAUGGUCCCAGCUGAUUUGUUGCUCCAGCUUCAGUUGUAACCAUCUUAUCACCAAAGCAUUUUUGUUUUGUACUUUCAUUGAUGUUGAAAUAAAAUCCUGCUGAAAUAUUGUCUUCUGAAAAUCCAUUAAA